CUCAGCUUCUGACUACGGCAUGAAGCUACCAAUCCUGCGCUCCAACGCGGAAGACCAGAUCCUGUACCAGACGGAGCGUUACAACGAGGAGACCUUCGGCUACGAAGUGCCCAUCAAGGAGGAGGGCGACUACGUGCUGGUUUUGAAGUUUGCCGAGGUCUAUUUUGCGCAGUCGCAGCAGAAGGUGUUCGAUGUGCGCUUGAACGGCCACGUGGUGGUGAAGGACUUGGACAUUUUUGACAGAGUUGGACACAGCACGGCUCAUGAUGAGAUCAUUCCCAUGAGUAUCAAAAAGGGGAAACUGAGUGUCCAGGGAGAGGUUUCCACGUUCACGGGAAAGCUCCACAUUGAGUUUGUAAAGGGCUACUAUGACAAUCCGAAAAUCUGUGCCCUAUACAUCCUGCAAGGAACAGUGGAAGAUGUUCCAAAGCUGCAGCCUCAUCCCGGUCUGGAGAAAAAAGAGGAAGAAGAUGAUGAAGAUGAAUAUGAUGAUGGCUCCAGUGUCAAAAAGCAGGCAAAUAAGAACCGAGUUCAGUCAGGCCCGCGCACACCAAACCCCUACGCCUCAGACAACAGCAGCCUCAUGUUCCCCAUAUUGGUGGCCUUUGGUGUCUUCAUUCCCACCCUCUUCUGCCUCUGCCGGUUGUGAGAGCGAGCCCCACCGAGCAUCAGCAACGGGGCUGGGAGGGAAGGAGUUGGACCAAACAUGGUUGCUUUCAAUUUCUCCAUACUGUUCAUAAUUUAAGGAAGAAAAAAACAAAAAAAAAAGGAAAAAAAAAAAAAAGAUUCGCUUGGAAUGAAUAGCAGAUCUGGGUGAGAGGGAGCUUACCUUCCCCUGCCAGCCAGCAGCGAGGCCCUACCUGCCCCUUCGCACCACGAGCAGCCUCCAGUCCUCCCUGGGGCACUCGAGAGUUAACUGAGUCGUGGCUCUCUGUGUAUUGGGCUGUUGGAAGCUCAUGCUGGUGGUUCUGGGCCGUGUCCCACGCUGAAAGAAAGCCACGUGCUGCAAGAGCUCUGCCUUUGCAGGGUGGAGGAGUAAUGGCCCUAAGCUGGGAAGCAGCCCUUUAAAACUUGCUGCACGUCUUGUCCGGGAACGUGGAAAUGUCGUGGUGCCGUUGGGUGAGUAAUGACAGAGCACAGAGGUUGGCCCUUCAGCAUCUCCCCGAGUGUGAGCAACAUGACCUGUGGUACUCGCCUGCAUAAAGGUACCAAGACUCCAAGCUGCCACUCAGCCUCUGCGGAGGAGUUUCCCUCCCGAGGGGGCAAGCUGCGCCCGGAGCAGAGGGAUUUAUCUGGCCUGAUUUGCUGCACCGGUCGGGAGAGACUUUCCCAGCGUGACACUUGUAACGGUUGAUCCAUUGCAGAGGGGCUCUGCCGUAGCCUGCAAGAGGCUGGUGUUGUGUUAGCGUCUGUUCAGGAUACGCUUAUUUUCUGUGUUGAUUUUUUUGGCUCUCGUUCCCUUGAAUCUUUUUCUUUCCAAGCCCAUUUUAAGCACAGUUCCUUGUCUUGCCCUUUCUAGCCAACGACCUCUCCUUUGGAAGAAGCGAGAACCCGGUGACCGAGAAGGAAGGUUCUGGUCUUGUUCCUUGAGCUUUCUAGCUCCGUGGCUGUGAGUGCUGUGCCCAGGGGACGGAGUGGAGCCAGCCUGCGGAUGCUCCUGUGAGUCCUCGUCCCCUGCUCCAGACCAGGCCUGCCCUGUGCUGGGACUGCAUGGACGUGGUUGCAUCUUCAGUUAGCACAGGCUUUUGCCCAUCAAGGUGCUCGAUACAGGGCCAGAUGUCGAACAUAUCAGCGCUGGAGAAGGUGGUUUGUUGCCUUGGGGAAGCCAGCAGGGUUGUGGGGACGAGGUCCCUUGGGUCACCCGCUGUCCCCCAGCGGCGUGUCUUUUUGCACGGGCAGAGCCUGCGUCCGCCUGACCGAGGCUGAGCAGAGGAGGGCAGAGAAGCCCUCGCUGCGCCUGCAGAUCUUGACGUGCAGGAGCUGGGAGCUGCUCUCAUAAACCCGCUCCUCACCCAGCACAGCAGCCCUGAGCAGCGUCCCCGUGGCUUCUGCGGCUCCUCCUCGGACAUGCGUUUCCUUGCUGUGGUUUUUGAGUUUGAUCCUCCUUGAGUCUUUGGCCUCUCCUCAAGCUUAGAAGGGUCAGCAAAAUUUCAGGAGGAGCCUGUGUGCUCCGCUGGGCCCUGUUGCUGAAUCCGGCGCUUCUCCCUGACCCUUGAGCCGUGGGGUGUUGUUGGCUUCCAGGCAGGCGCUCGGGGAGCUGCCGCAGCCCUGGUCCCUGGACCAGCUCUUUGAACCUCAGCUUUCUGGUGGCAUACACCCCUGCUUCGGGCCUGACCCUAAUUCUGUGUGUGUAAGCUGCAAAGCAAGCAGUGGGAUCUAAAUUAACCUGUUUAUGGCCUGAGUGGAGGAAGUGUGGCCACGGGAACAGACACAGUUCUGGAGAAGCAAAGGGAUCGACCAUGCGGGGGGCAGAAGGCGGCUUUGGAGGAGGGCAGAUCCCAAGAGCAACCCUUCAGAAAGCUUGGAAUUGUCUGCUUCAUCUGCUAGCUCUGCUUCAACUCCUUGUGCUUUGGGCUCUGUGUGUUUGGUACCUGAAAAGCCUCCUCAGCUUCUGGGUUGCUCCAGCUGGAUCGUGGAGGCGUUCAGAUCCUAAUCUGCCUGGAGAAGCACGGCCUGCUCUCGUUUGUUAGGCAAAGAGCCCAGCCUUGGGCGCAGGCCUCUCCUGGGGGUGUUCUCCU